CGAGUGUUAGAGGGUCGGCCCCUGUGACGUCAGUACGCAUCGUAUUAGCAAUAUUUCGCACAGUGAGAAGAUCUUACUUUGCGGAGCUGCGAUGGAUAAUAAAAAAAAGGAGCUUUCCCAGACUUUACUAAACAACAGUACGAGAUCAUAAAUUAUCGGGUAGCAUUCCGGUUACCAUAUCCGCGAUAUGCAUUAGUUUUCCCCCUUUUCACCAAAACGUUUUCUUCGUUGCCAAUACACAAGCUGGAUCGGACUGGCACUAUACUACACGUCCUCACACCCUCGUUACUUCAGCAAAACUAGAAAGAAACAGGAAAAUCGAAAAGAGGGAAAAUCCCCACUUCGAUACCUCAUCAAGAGACUAGAGAGAAGCAUCCCUAUGUCAGAUUUUUCUUAAAGGCGAAGAGAAGAGAGCUCGAGUGAAUAUUUGAAGUCUGCUGUCGCUAAGAAAACGAAAUUUGUUUCCUAUUAAAUACGUGUAUUGGAAUCGAACCAAAACGCUUAUCAAAGCCACAACAGGCUAAUACUAAAGAAUCGGAGCAAUCCGGAAUGGUCAUUUAUAAGGAUUCAUGCUUGGCUGGCUGAAAAGAAGGGCCAGAGUGACCAUCAACUCUCGUUAUAUCACUCUACUAAGGAGAAAUAUUUCACCCGACAUGAUUGUCCCGGAAUCUGUUCAGACCAUGUUUAACCAGCAUAGUCUCAAGCCCGUAGGGGAACCCCGAUGAAGAUCUAUUCUGAUAGAGGAACAAACUUCUUAAAAGCCGAAAGGGAGCUCCGAGCAACGGUUCAGGCCUGGUCUAAGGACAAAUCCAUUGAUGACACAUGUAAACGAAGGAACAUCGAGUGGGUCUUCCAACCCCCUGCAGCAUCUCACAUGGGAGGCGUGUGGGAACGACAGAUUCGAACCAUACGGAAGAUUCUUUCUUCCAUCAUAGGCACGCAGAGAAUAGAUGAUGAUCGGCUACGAGCCCUAUUUUGUGAAGUAGAAGCCACAAUGAACAGCCGCCCUCUCACCGCGAUCCCGGGCAACGUCACAGAACCAGAAGCUUUGACCCCUAACCAUGCCCUAAGAAUGAAUGUAGGGGAUGGUAUCCAGGUACUCACUGAAGGUAAUGCAUCACUUGACAAUAUAUAUCGCCGAGCCUGGAUACACGCACAAGUCCUAGCAGAUAGGUUCUGGAAGAGAUGGAGAGCUGAGUACCUAAACACAUUGAGGAUGAGACACAGACAGUUGACGCCAUCUCGAAAUCUUCGAGAAGGAGACCUUGUCCUCAUUGUCGAACAACAUACUCCAAGGAAUCAGUGGAGGCUAGGGAGAGUGGUGGAGGCUAUAGCCGGUGAAGACGGCCUCGUGAGAAAAGCCAAAGUUCGGACAAGUUCUGGAGUCCUCACCAGGCCCGUUGUGAAGCUAUGCCUCUUGGAAGCAUCAUUAUCCGGAACGACGGGAUGAUAUGGUUGCUCCACUGUGGAGCAAAAGGGGGGAGUGUAGCCGCUGGUAUAUCAUGUACUUCAUAUCAGCGACUGGUAUAUUAUAUAUUUUUGUAUCACGUAUUCUGUAACACUGCGAUCAGUGAGGUUGUAUUGUAUAAAAUUCAUCUUCUGUCUGACAACCGCCGAGGAGGCCUCGGCGGCUGUGACCACCGGGUCAACACAUGGUCCGUAUCACCCAUAAGAGCUGACCUGUCAAAAUAUGUUUGUGCGAGAGGGUCGUGCCAUAGGAAGUGAUGACGGCUCUUCUAAUGUAUAACAUACGUUACUUGACACUGGAGCUUAUGUAUAUCUAAAGUUCGAGGGGCAGUCCGAGGGGAACCUCAGUGCCGUCAAGACGCCCAUAGCAUUUUGGAAUCAGACUACUAAGCUGAUAUUCUGACUGUUCCCGCAAUGCGUAUGUAUCCAAUAUUUGUAGAUAGUUCUUUAUCAUAUAAUCUAACAUGAUAUUUAGUGGCCUCAUGUGUUGUAGGCAUGCAAUCUUAUAUUCGAUGUAUUAAUUAACAGGUUUGACCGCUACUGAAUAAACUUUGAGCGAGUGCUACGCAGUG